CUCACUCGUCUGUUUCUCUCCCUUUCUCCAUCUCACUCGUCUGUUUCUCUCCCUUUCUCCGUCUCACUCGUCUGUUUCUCUCCCUUUCUCCGUCUCACUCGUCUGUUUCUCUCCCUUUCUCCGUCUCAGGCGUGUUUCUCUCCCUUUCUCCGUCUCACGCGUCUGUUUCUCUCCCUUUCUCCGUCUCAGGCGUGUUUCUCUCCCUUUCUCCGUCUCACUCGUCUGUUUCUCUCCCUUUCUCCGUCUCACUCGUCUGUUUCUCUCCCUUUCUCCAUCUCACUCGCCUGUUUCUCUCCCUUUGUUUUCUACUUCAUGUGUAACUUUACUCUAAUUCUCUGUUUAGCACUGUUGAGUCGCAGUGUUUACUUCAGGACUUGAUUGACAAAAACGAUGUCUUUUGUGUGCGGAGGGCCCAGUGAGGCGAUGGUCGCCGAUAAAGAAGUGCAGAAAAUCUGUGAUGAGAUAAAGUCACAAGCGGAGAAAAAAGCUGGAAGGACAUUUCAUGUCUUUACUGCUAAAUCUUACAAGACACAGGUGGUAGCUGGGACGAAUUUCUUCAUCAAGGUCCAUGUAGGUGGUCAGGAGUUUGCUCACGUUCGUGUCUAUAAGACGUUGCCACAUGCUGGAGGAAAACUGGAACUUCAUGGAAUACAGACCCCCAAAGCCCAACAUGACCCCAUUGAAUUCUUCUAGGACAGAAAUGAUUACUGUACUGCAAUGAUACAGUAAUAACGCUUACAAACAGGGCGGUUAUUGAAAUUGUGUUACAUAUGGAAUAUCACCUGCUUAAAGCUGACAAAGUUGUAUUUUCUAAACUGACAAGAAAUUAGAAGCUUCUUCAAUUAAAUAAAAAUGCCAAUAUUAAAUAUUUA